AUGGAUUCAAGCAAAGGAGUGUCAGGGAUAGGGUUUGACUGUGACAUCGGUAUGUUUCAGACACCUGAGGAGUGGUGGGACAAGAUGGAAACGAUAAACAAGAUGUGUGCCAAGUUCAGGAAAAAAACCUUGAAACAUCGUGACUUGAUGGAGACGGUCUUCAUGGGGGCAUUAGCUACUGGUAAGCACCAUUGGACCCCGGGAAAGAAACUUCUUGAAGCUGCUGAUGACUCAUCUGAUUCUGUGCAUAGUUUGGGAGCCCAGCAAUUUGCUGAUCCGAUACUUGCAGGAGUACAGGACGUGGAUUCAGAUUCUUCACUGGAGCAUGUUUCGAUUGAAAAGGGAAAAAGGAGAAAGACGCCAUCAACAAGUGUUUCAAAGUCGAAGAAGGCAACAAGUGGAGCGUCAGUUAUUGCGGAAAGCAUAAACAAUCUAACAGAUGUGGUGCGUACGAAGAAUCAACAGGUUACGGCGAGGCACCUCACAGGUAACGAAUCGCUGUACACUAUUUCGGAGUGCAUGCAUCGCUUGACGAGUAUUCCAUCCCUGAUUGGUACGCCGCUAUUCCAUUUCGCCUUGACACUUAUGGAUAACGCAAAUUAUCAGGAGGUGAUGAUGUGCCAGCCUGAUGACGACCACAUCAUACGGUGGCUUACACAAAAGCAGCUCCACUGUACUGCGUCGGCGACGUUUGCGAACCUAUUUGGGGCUCACCGGAUGUGA